AGUCGACGUCGACGUCGACGUCACGUUGCAACGCGUCGUCUGUUGCACGCACUUGACACUUGCCACUCGCGUGACAACAAUCGGUGCAGUCAGCAGUUGCAACGUCCGCAGCUGGUGGAACAUUCUUAAAAUAGCAAUCAAAUUAAAAACUGUAAUUGUUAUAAAAGGUUGAAAGGGAAAAUUGCAGUGGUCAACACGUGUGUGUGAAAGAGAGAGAGAAGUGAGGGAGGUGUAAGAGAGAGCUUGUGAGUGCGUUUGUGUGUGUGUGCGUGCAUCUGUGUGUGUGUGUGUGUGUGUGUGUGUGUGUCAAGGGAACUCAACCCAAAAACCACCCAAGUUUGGCAAGUUGACCUUGGCCCAGUUGUUGGCCGCCCAGCAACAGCGAAUAAGAAGAAGCAGAAGGAGAAGCAGCAGCGGAUGGUCGAGGAGAUUGGCUGCCUGAGACAAACUGGCGGCAUCGGCAUUCUCCUGGCCAUGCCCAGUCCAAGUGUGACGAGUGCAGCGCCCAUUGCUGCCACAACAGCCCAGCAACAACAACAACAACAGCAGCAGCAGCAACAACAUUCGCAACAGCAACAUUCACAACAGCAACCACAACAGCAGCAACAUCUUCAGCAGCAUCCACAGGGACAUCCUCAACAGCAUCCACAACAACAUCCACAACAUCAGCAUCCACAACAGCAGCAUCCACAACAACAACAACAACAACAUCAUCAAUUAGCCAACGCAAUGAGCAUGUUAACCGUUAAAUCGAACGCUGUUGGCGGCGGCGCCUCACGUUAUCUUUGGACCGACCGCGAGCUUUUGAUGCAUCUCCAGAAUUACACGCCUCUCAUUCUGCUCAUCGAUUUCGUGGAGAAGACGCGCACCAAGCGAUUCUACGAGAGCUCCGAACGCUACGAAAUUCUGAUGCUCGUCUUCAUCAUGCGCAAAGGUGCGCCAUUUUGUGAGAACAAACGCUUUCCGGCGGAGUAUUGGGUGAAUCUCUCUGUGGGUCCCAUUGCGGAGGCUUUUGAUCGCCUCCAGGCGGCCAUCGAUAUUCCCGAUCCCCAGAUGCCCAUCCACAUGAGCGUUACGGAUUUGACCAGCUGGAAGCAGAUGUUCGAUGUCGCCAUGUUGGAUAUCAGACGCUAUGCUUACUACACCGAUCCGCUGCAAUUGGCCGAUGUCGGUGUCUAUAAUCGCAUCACGUUCGAGCAGCGAUUCAGCAUGCAGUGGCUGGAAUAGAAGAGUAAAGAGUGAAGAAGAAAGAGAAGAAAAAGAAGAGAAGUUAAGAGAAUUGAUAGCGUGACCUUGACCCCAAGUAGUCUGCUUACAAUAUUGCGUAUACGUAUUCUAACUCACCACACACAGUAUUCACCACGCACAGUAUUCACCACAUACGAAGUAUUCACCACUGACAGUAUUCACCACACAUAGUAUUCACCACUUACAGUAUUCACCACACUCACAGUAUUCACCACUCACACUCAAACACUCACUGAGUUCAAUGUUGGUCUAAGCAUGUGCCUUCUCCCUCACACUCACACACUCUAUUCUAACAACAAACUCUUAUUCGUGAUGCCAAAUUGGUAGAAAAGAGCUUGGCAAAAAAAAAAGCUGAAUGAAAAACGAAAAAUAGCUAGUUUCGACACUUUUGUCAACUAACUGUGCUGCUAACUUGGUAGACAAACGGCUACAAAUAGCUGAUUCUCAAAAAAAGCUAGUUUCGACACAUAGUGCUGCCACCUUAACAGCCAAACCGCCAAAAAAAAAAGCUGAAUGGAAAACGAUUAGAAAGAAAUCGCAAAAAUUGCUAGUUUCAACACUUCUAGCAACCAUAAACGUCAUAACAAACUCUCAUUAGUGCUGCCAACUUGGUAGACAAACAGCCGAAAACAGCUGAUUAAGAAAAACAGCUAGAUUCAACACUUUUAUCAAACAUGAUCUGCAACAAUUUUGAUAGUUAAAUGUAAAAGUUAAAUGCUGGCAAAAAAAUUAAUGUCACUCCCGAAAAUUUGCAAAAAUAUUUACUCUCCACACUUCAGCCAUAAAAUGUUAAUAACUAUUUAGUUAAAUGCGAGCAACACAAAACCAAAUGUAAGACCAAAAAGUUGUAAAUGAAUUAUGUGAAAAAUAGCUAAUUAUAUAUGUAGUUGACAAAGUGUGUAAUUUAAUUUGAAAAGCAGCUAGUUACGACCUUACAAAAACAAUUAACGUGAAAGCUCAGCAUUUGCCCCUCCCCCACCCCCCGCACUUCGAUCACUGCUUAACAACUCAACUCACUCACUUCCUCGCUCCAACUCCAGCUGUCUGGCAGCACUGCCAACGCACUCCAAACUCCAAUCAGCGG